GUCAUGGGCUAUGUUAUAAGAUAAUACGAAUUGAAAGAAAAAUCCCUGCAGCACGUGCAACAGACGUCGUCUGCGUUGGGUUUCGACUGUAUCAUGGCUGCCCCCACGGAAGAGAUGCUUUCCGACGACUCUAGACCAAUAUUCAAAUCUGUGAAACGUAGACCUAGACCUCUGAGAACGAGACCGAGAGAAGCAGACGAGGAAGAUGAUGAAGAUGCAGAGGUGCUUGCUAAGGUGGAGGAAGCAAAGGAGCUCAGGCGUAUCCGUGAAAGGCCUCAAGGUAUUGAUGUCCUGGAAUUGGCUGUCGGCAAGAAGAUUACGGACAAGGAAAAGAUUGAAGUUAAGGAUCCCUUCCGAACCCAGACUGGUGGAAUGGUGAACAUGAAUCUACUUAAACAUGGUAAAUGUACUGCUUCCAAGGAUGAUGCCUAUGAUACAGGGAUUGGAACAGCUUUUUCAGCAGAGACCAAUAUACGUGAUGAAGAUGAUGAGAUGAGAAAGUAUAUAGAGGAGGAGAUGGAGAAAAGGAGAGGAAAGAAACCCCAAAGAGAUAAAGAAGAACAUGAACAACCAGGAGCCAAGAUAAUGGCCCCAGAGGAAGCAGCUCUCAUGGCUGUCCCUCAGCAUCUUCGCCAGGCAGCAGGAAAGAAAUCAGAAGAAAUGCUAUCUAGUCAAAUGCUCUGUGGCAUUCCGGAGGUUGAUUUGGGGCUUGAGAUGAAGAUAAAGAAUAUUGAAGCCACUGAAGAAGCUAAACAAAGACUUGUCCGGGAAAGAAUGAAGAAGAAAGAUGCUCCUUCAGAAUUUGUACCUACCAACAUGGCUGUCAAUUUUGUCCAACACAAUCGUUAUAGCUUGGAUGAAGGAGGACCACCAAAGCACAAGAGACCUGUAAUCACUGAGAAAGGGCCAAAAUCUGAAAUUGUUGUGGGAGUGGAUGGUGAAGCAACCAUUGUGAAUGCACCUGGGAACAAACGGAGGCCCGAAUCUAAAGCCAGUGAUGAUUUUUACUUUGAAACGUACAAAAAGCAGCUCAGGAAGUAUUGAAGUGAACAUGUACCAAUAUACCAUGAUCUUACUGAA